GCAGAUUGAUUUUGAGAGUGCAAAGGGAUUGUAGUGCAGCUCAGCAGCUAAGGCGCAAUAUGAAGCGUUUUCUUUUCUCUUUAUUUUGGCUUGUCGGGGAUUUACAGCCAGCUCUUUCUGCUGGUUUGAAGGAUACACCGACUCUCGGGUCCAAAAAUACUCCUCGACUUCUGAGCAAAGAUAUUCUAAGCGUUGGGCUUGAAUACCAAAUUAAUCAGAACCACAGUGUGUUGUUCUAUGAGGAGGGCUCAGAUGAACUGUACCUGGGAGGCAAUGAUUUUAUAUUGAAACUCAAUGUGGACGACUUCCACGUCAUAGAGAAAUUUCAUCUGAAUGCAACGGGGCAAGAGGAAUGCCAAGAGGACCCCUGUGAAAAUGUUAUCACUGUCAUUGAGAAGUUUCAGAACAACCUGUUUGUCUGCGGGACAAACGGACAGAAACCAGAGUGCUGGCAACUUCGCCCUUCAGUGAACAAUCGGUCUCUUGAAAUAUUCGAUAGUCGUGACGGGACAGGAAUCUCUCCAUUUAUCUACACACAGAACUCCCUAUCACUCACAGUAGAAGGGGAUCUGUAUGCAGCAGCACCUUUGGAUGCUGAUGGAAGUACAUUACAGUUCAGAAGAAAAGCUGGCCGCAGGACUAAUGUCUGGAUGUAUGACAGCUGGGUCUCAGAGCCCACGUUUGUCUCUGCGUCAUGGGUGCAGCAGAAGGACGACCCAGACAAUGAGAAAAUCUAUGUCUUUUUCCGUGAGAAGAACUCAGACCACAACCGAGAGGUUGACCCACUGAUAUCUAGGGUUGCCAGAGUUUGUAAGGUGGAUGAAGGUGGAUCAAAACGAUUCUUCCAGAACAUGUGGACAUCUUUUCUCAAGGCCCGUCUUGUGUGUGGACUUCCAAAGGAGUCGCUGUAUUUUAACCGCCUCCAAGAUGUUUAUGUGAUGCAUGCAGACAACUGGCAAGACACCAGGGUCUAUGCCCUCUUCACGAGCAACUGGAACUCUACAGCAGUCUGCAUCUAUACAAUAAAAAUGAUUGAAAAUAUAUUUGAGAACUCCAAAUUCAAGGGCUACAAUGCCAAAGUUCCCACACCAAGGCCAGGAACGUGUUCCAAGAACAGCAAGUCUUUGCCACGUGACACAGUCAAUAUUGUGAAGGAUCACUCAGAAAUGGCCGACUGGGUUGACUCAGAUCCUUUUUAUAUAAGCACCAACAACUACACCAAGAUAGUCGUGGACAGAGUUCAGGCUGCAGACCAAAGAUUUUAUAACAUUCUGCUUCUAGCUACUGAUUCCGGGAAGAUCCAUAAAGUCUUGGAGUCUGGGUCAGAACCUUUUAUCAUAUCUGAAACACAGCUCUCCAACUCUUCAAUCAUACAGUCAAUGAAGCUUGACUCUGGAAAGAAAACAUUAAUUGUGGGGUCUGCUGAGAGAAUAACUGCAGUGAACCUUCAGAGUUGUCAGGAGUACAGCAAGUCUUGCGAAGAAUGUGUUCUGGCCCGGGAUCCAUACUGUGCCUGGACUAACGAUGGAUGCACCUCAACUGUCCCCGGGAGCAUUCAGAAUAUUGUGGAUGGGAAAACAAACGUAUGCAAUUUAACAGUUAAAGAGCUAAGAAACCGGACCAAACGUGAGAUACCUCCACUAUCAUCAGUUCAUUUGAGGACAGUUCAUUCAGUCCCCCAGGGUGUGCCUUUCUAUCUGUCCUGUCCUAUAGACUCCUACCACGCUGAGUAUACAUGGGAGCAAAAAGGCCAAAAGAGUCCUUGUUUGCAGAUGCUUACCAACUGUCUGCACCUCAUUCCUUCCAUGUCACAGGAGAAGUAUGGCACAUACAGAUGUAUUUCAGAAGAGAAAGACUACAUCAAAGUGGUGGGAACAUACGAGCUCAUAGAGAACCAAAACCCAAAAAAGUGCUCAAAAAGCAAUACACCUGACAACUGGAACGCUGCACCAGCUCUUAUUCCAGAGAUGACAUGGAUCACACUGCUUGUAGCAAUAAUUUCUGUUUGAACUGACUCUCUGUUACUCACUACUUUUAAUUUGCAGUGUCAAAAUGUCAGGCCCUCUGUACUCAUGCAGCACUAACGGAAAUCCAUGUCAAGCCUUUAGCGGAACCUACCACAGAAACAUUUCUGCUCUGAAAAAAGUUUAUUGUUUCAAAGAGGGGCUUGAACAGGAAGGGGAAAGAAAAAAGAAAGCAGUACAACCGGUCAGCAGCAGUGCACAGCUGGAAUGGUCUCUAAUGGUGAUUGAAAACAUCUGAGCAUCUUACAUAAAACACUUUAGCUGAGUACCUUUCUUCCUUUUAACACAGUCAAGGAAAUGGAAGGCACAGAAAGAGGUAAUUCCUCCAUACAUGAAUGUAUAUCUCAAGUCAACAACACUAUUAAACUAUGAGUGUAAGUGGGAAAGCUUCCAGUCAACGGGCCACAGACAAUCUUUAAACAGUAAGUCGGCUUAAUUGUAAGUCUUAUACAAAUUGAAGAGAAGAGAGCUCUUUCCACUUUAGUUCAUAUAGAACCAAAAAAUGUAAGUUAUCUGUUUAUUUUCUGACAUUGCACUGCUGACCAGAUAAUUUAGCAAUGUGUCUCCACCUUCUUUUUUCCCUAGCUGUUUCAGUGCUCAGAAAGGUAUUUUAAAAAUGUGCAAUUAAAAUAUUUGGCUUUGCAUAUUGGGAAAUGGCUUCUCUCAGUAUUUAAAAGCAGUUAUGUCAAAAAUUCUCUAAAACAUGUAAAAAGUUGGCCUAUUUGUAGUGUUAUAAUUUCUAACACAUACUCACUGAAAUUGGGUAUGUGUUUUCCUGACGCUGCGCAGAGUAGGGAUAGUGAAGGUGGAUGAGUUGGCAUUGCUCAUCCACAGCAGGGAUAAUGCAUAAAAGAGGAGAAGAAGCAAGUGCAGGUAGUGUGGAGUGGAUGGAAACGAUUGUCGGGGUGAUUUGCGAGAGAAGGAUAACAGCAAGAGUGAAAGGGAAGGUUUACAAGAUGGCAGUGAGACCUGUUAUGAUGUACAGUUUGGAGACGGUGGCAGUGACAAAAAAGACAGGAGGCCGAGCUGGAGGUGGUAGAGAUUUUGUUUUGUUGGGAUUAGAAAUGAGUUGAUCAGAUGGACAGCUCAGCUGAGACACAGCUGAGACGGUUUGGGGAAGUGCAGAGGAUUAUACUGGAAAGGAUGUUAAAGAUGGAGUACCUCUAUAAGAAAAAAAAUAACAAAAAUCUUAUUUUUGUACACAUUUUGUGUCCCUUCAGUUUGACAGUAUUAUAGCACUGAUAGCACUUUUCUUUUUUCUUUUUUUUUUGAUGAUCUAUACUAUAAUACAAAUAAAAUAGUGCACAUAAUAUUGUUAAAAUGAAUUAUUGCAAUCACCUUGUAGAGAAAACCUCUAAAGAACACAGUUGGCCUCAGUAGCCUGAGAUGGAGUCAGAUUCCUUACCUGAAUUAUUGCUUUAGUCCCUUGAUAAAGAGUGUUAUAGAGCAAUAAUGUAGCUAAUAAACCACUUAAAACUUUAUUUACACCAGAAUGUAGUAAGCUGUGCCUUGUGUUGCUUUAAUUCUAUGAAUUUAACAUAAUGUCUCUUUAUAGCUUGUGUCAUCAUGUAGCCUUUGUUACACACAUGUAUUUUGGUACGGUAUUAACUUGUUAUUUAAUCCUGAAUGUUUUUUUUUUUAAUUGUUUUUUAUAUGAAAAGUAUUAUUUAUUUAAAUAUUCACAAAAUAUUUAAAGAGAUAAGAAAACUUGCUAAUGUAUUGUAAUGAUUUCUUCAUCAUAAAAAAAGAGUGUGACAAUUUACUGUUCACAAGGAGUCAUGCUAUCAGGUAAGAUAUUAUUAUUUAAUCUUAGCAGGCUGUGUUUUAAUCAGUCAGAGAACUCUGUAAAAACCUUUCAGCAUGAUGAGAGGGCAGAUGACAAAGCAAGGAUCUUGAGCUUAAGCUGUCUUUUACCUAGAUCUAGUCUCAGCGUUCUUAAUGACUGCACAGAGUACAUCCUGCUUAUGUAAAGAGAUUUUUUUGGGGGGGGGGGGGGGCGGCACUACAGUGUAUGUGCAUAGACAAAAACAAGAAAUGGGAGUUUGGGUGGAGUCCGAUACGGUUGUAAGAUUUUCUUUCAGAUUAACUAAUUGAAGUCCAGAAACUCCAUGGAAACCUUGUGUUGUUUAUGCUUCUCUCAUCCUGUCUCCAAAUAUGAGAUAACACAGCAUCCAUUAUCCAUUAUAGUGUAACACUUGACUCUGAACUUGGCUCUCACAGUGGUGGUCUCAGUCUUUUGGCCACACUCUAUUGACCAAACCCUGUUGUUGCAGUUUCAUUCUAGGAAGACACGCUCUUUCAGCCACUGACUUGGAGUGACACACUAUGUUGUUGUGGGCUCUGAUUUACAGCCACGUGGUUUGAACUGUUUUGAUCUGCAGUGUCUACACAAAUAUUUAACACUGUAGAAGGAGAUGGUACUUUCCGCUGUUUAUGGUUCAUAUGUUGUUCUGUCUUAGACUACUAUAAUUAUAAUGAAUCUUACUAAAUCUGUGGCUUAAGCCAGAAAUGACAUAAUCCCUGAUCUAACAGCUAGGUUUGUCCUUUGGUAAACCAUCUGCAUGCACUCAUGUUUUGUUUGUGUCUGGGUUCUUUUCUGACUCACUCCUCAUCAAGUUGUAGAAAUGUGUCAAGUGGUGUUAUAAAGGACUUACAGCUAAGCAUCACUGAUAGGCUUUACUUUAGGACUAUGUUAAGAAACACUUACAGUAUCACAGCACUAAGCUGGUGCUGCAUUGCUGUCUGAGGUCACAGAUAUGGUGACUGACAAACAAGUUUUUGGUUUCUGUUAUGUUCUGAUAAGAGUAAACCUUCAUUCAGGACCUCGGCUCCCAAGUUUUCCUGUCCUUCUUCUCACAGGAAGACUCCAGGAAGGAAAUUAUUGGAAAACAAACACAAAUUCCGAUUAAGGAAAUUCUUAGAACUUAAAGCAAAUGUUAGAAAUGUAGCUUUUCACAUGUGCGUCAUAUUGUUUAAAGUUUCUAAGCACGCACGAUAGUUUGCUUGACACGAAUUUACAACGCCUGUCUGUAACUGCAAUCCGUUGCCAGCAGAGGUCGCUGUUAUCCAACAGACCCGACAUCGGCUCACGCUUCAACGACUACCCUGAACUGAACACAAAUCCAUGGCUAACCUGACCCUACAAGCCAAGGCUUUCUUAGAAUAAUACUCGCAUGCCCAUUUCACCCGGAAAAUGAUUCUCUCAGUUAAUGAGUGUAGUGUAUGGGAAUUCCAAGGUCCCCGGAGAGUCGACAUUACUGAGAAAAGCGUGAAUUCCUUGGGUAACAAAUGAAAUGCGAUAUGCAUCUGGUGUGAUAGGCCUUGGACGGUGAUUCAGUGCAAUCCUCCAAGGUAUGCAUGUGCAGUAAAAGUAUCAGAAAGGUAUGGUUUGUGACACUUCUGAGUUGUUUGCACUUGCUGUAGUAGGUGCUGGUGUGUUACAUGAAAAUUAAAACGUUCUCUUCUGGUCUGUGAGUCACGACAGAUGAUUCCGUGAUAACUUGGAUGUGGCGGUUUCCCUUUGAAGUAGAAAACAAAACCUAAAAAAAAAAGAGCAGGAAAAAAUAAACAAAGUACCAGAUGAGCCAUUGCCUGAUUUUAUUUGUACAGUACUUCCUCAGGAAUCCUAAACCUGUAGCUGCUUGAGCUGCGGGGUACUUGAAUGUUUUGGUAAUUACUAGACGUGUGUUUAUGUAUAAGAGAAGGCAUAUUCAUGCUGUGCGUGAUUCUAAUUCUUUGUUUUUCUUUUGAUUCCAGUCAAGUGCAGAUUAUUAUCCAUUUAUGUUUUAAGUGUUUGUACUUUUAUUGAAUUUCAUUUAAAAUAAAUUACCUUUUAAUUUAAUUGUUUUUAAUUUUUUGUUCUCCAGGGUUUAUUUGUAUUUUUGUUUUUUAAAAAUAUAUUGUCCUAGUGAUUUUAAACCCUAGUCCUACUGUCAUCUUCAGGGCAGAAGGACUAGGGUACCUUACUUCAGGGUAGUAAGGUUUAUGGUGACACCUGGGAACAUCUGUGUGUCCUCUUGUUUCCUAACUUAAUCCCUAGUAGGACAAGUGAAUGGGUUUAUUUAUUUAUUUACAUAUUCUGUAUAAUUUAAAAAGUUGUUUGUAGCUGUGCUUGUACUGGACAUUUUCCACUGCUGUGUUUAAUUAAAUCUUAAAAUAAAUCACUUAAAAUGA